UCUUUAUAAAAAAUAUUAUUAUAUUAUAUUUUAAUUAUUUUGUGUGAUGCUUUUUUGUAUUUGUAUUGAAUUUAAGAGGAAAAAAUAGUAAACAAAAACAAAUAUGGAAUUGGAAACUUCAGAUUGCGCGUAUACAGGCACCGAAGAUCACAACAUCCCAAUCGAUCUCUUCGGUUCCAAAAAACACGCCGGAGUUCCACGUGGCAUCCUAUCUUUCACCGAUGCAUCGGGGAACAUAGUCUUCAAGGUGCACCGCCAACCACCUAAUCCCACCUCAUCUUCCCCUCCAAAGGAUACCAAACUGUUGCUUGAUUCCAACAAUAAUCCUCUCUUCUCCAUCCACCGCUAUCAAAAUGGGACUUGGAAAUGUUACAAGGGAAGUGGUGAUGAGAAUAAGGAGCUUGUGUUUGGAGUGAAGAGGAGCGUGAAAACACUUACUAGAGUUGAGUUAGAAGUGCUUAUCUCUGGUGAGAGAUUAAACGACGAUGUUUUCGACUUAAAAGUUCUAGGUUCUCCUUUUAAGAGAUCGUGCAGCAUUUAUAAAGAUGCUGAUUUGGUGGCACAGGUGAUUUUCAUGGGUGCAAAAGUCAGAUUGCGUUUUGUCCAUACCUCUCGGUUUUUUCUCCGGAUGAGUCCCGUGUCUGCUGUGUUUUUCUGCAUUUUUACUGUUGUGCUGCGUUCUGCUAUUGGUUUCUAAGGUCUGCUUCAGUUGGGAUUUCGGUCUCUGAGUAGCCUGAUGUACAAGCUUAACCAAAUAUAUGUCCGUAGAGGUAAGUUUCGCCUGACAAUCUUUCCCGGGAUUUUAGACCAUUCUCUUAUUGUGGCUUUGUUUGUAAUAUUUUUGAAUGGAAGAAAAUAGUAUCAUUGACAACAACAUUCAUUUGCAACUUAAUUAUCCGGUUGCAUGUAUUUGUAACUUAAACUGCAAGAAAAGGUUUUGAUUUGUGA